AUCUUAAAAGGAAAAAUAAAGAGUUGCUAUUUGUUUUGUACAUGUUAUGUGGAUCUCACUCUAUGCAUCUCAAUAAUGGGUUUCAGCAGCCGUGCAAACUUGUUCUUUGUAUUGCUUAUGUUAUGUUGUUGUGUGUUGGAUGUUGGUAUUGCCAUAGACACCAUCACCUCAUCUCAGUCCAUCAAGGACCCUGAAGUUCUAACUUCCAAAGAUGGUAACUUCACUUUGGGGUUCUUCACCCCUCAAAACUCCACAAACCGCUAUGUUGGAAUUUGGUGGAAAUCUCAAUCCACAAUCAUAUGGGUUGCUAACAGAAACCAACCACUGAAUGAUUCUUCUGGAAUUGUUACAAUCCAUGAAGAUGGCAAUCUUGUAUUGCUUAAGGGACAGAAACAAGUAAUUUGGACAACAAAUCUGUCCAACUCGUCAUCCAAUAGAACUUCCCAGUUUUCAGAUUAUGGUAAGCUUGUCCUCACCGAAGCCACAACGGGAAACAUCUUGUGGGAUAGUUUUCAGCAACCUUCAAAUACAUUAUUGCCCGGCAUGAAACUUUCAACAAAUAAUAGUACAGGUAAGAAAGUAGAGCUUACAUCGUGGAAAAGCCCUUCUAAUCCGUCCGUUGGGAGCUUCUCUUCUGGUGUCGUUCAAGGCAUAAACAUAGUUGAAGUGUUCAUUUGGAAUGAAACUCAACCAUAUUGGCGCAGUGGUCCAUGGAAUGGCAGGCUCUUUACGGGGAUACAGAGCAUGGCAACUUUGUAUCGUACUGGUUUUCAAGGUGGAAAUGAUGGGGAAGGAUAUGCAAAUAUCUACUAUACAAUACCAAGUUCAUCAGAGUUUUUAAUCUAUAUGUUGAAUUUGCAAGGCCAAUUAUUACUAACAGAGUGGGAUGAUGAGAGGAAAGAAAUGGAAGUUACAUGGACUAGUCAAGACUCAGAUUGUGAUGUUUAUGGUAUAUGUGGAUCGUUCGCAAUCUGUAAUGCACAGAGUUCUCCCAUAUGUAGUUGCUUGAAAGGGUUUGAGGCUAGGAACAAAGAGGAAUGGAAUAGACAAAACUGGACUGGUGGAUGUGUUAGGAGAACACAAUUGCAGUGUGAAAGGGUCAAAGAUCACAACACAAGUACAGAUACAAAAGAAGAUGGAUUUUUGAAACUGCAGAUGGUUAAAGUUCCAUAUUUUGCAGAAGGGUCACCUGUUGAGCCAGACAUAUGCAGAAGCCAAUGCUUGGAGAAUUGCUCUUGUGUUGCGUAUUCUCACGAUGAUGGGAUUGGUUGCAUGUCUUGGACUGGGAAUCUACUUGACAUACAACAAUUCUCAGAUGCAGGACUUGAUCUAUAUGUUCGCAUAGCCCACACUGAACUUGAUAAAGGGAAAAACACAAAAAUCAUCAUUAUAAUUACAGUGAUAAUAGGAGCUGUCGUCAUUAUUACUUGUUCUUGUGCAUAUGUCAUGCGGAGGACUUCCAAUCACCCAGCUAAAAUAUGGCACUUAAUUAAAUUAAGGAAAGGGAACAGGAAUGGUUUUGUACAAUCUAAAUUUGAUGAAACACCAGAACAUCCAAGCCACAGAGUAAUUGAAGAACUGACACAAGUUCAACAACAGGAGAUGUUCGUAUUUGAUUUCAAAAGGGUUGCAACAGCCACAAACAACUUCCACCAAUCCAACAAACUUGGCCAGGGUGGUUUCGGUCCAGUGUAUAAGGGUAAACUGCAAGAUGGACAGGAAAUAGCAGUUAAAAGACUUUCUAGGGCCUCUGGACAAGGUCUAGAAGAAUUCAUGAAUGAAGUUGUGGUGAUUUCCAAGCUUCAACACCGCAAUCUUGUAAGACUUUUUGGCUCUUGUAUUGAAGGCGAAGAAAAGAUGUUGUUAUAUGAAUACAUGCCAAAUAAAAGUUUGGAUGUGUUUAUCUUUGAUCCAUCAAAAAGUAAACUCCUAGAUUGGAGGAAACGCAUUAGCAUAAUAGAAGGAAUAGCUCGAGGAUUGCUUUAUCUUCACAGAGACUCCAGACUAAGAAUCAUACACAGAGAUUUGAAGGCAAGUAAUAUCUUGUUAGAUGAAGAGCUGAAUCCAAAAAUAUCAGACUUUGGUAUGGCUAGAAUCUUUGGAGGGACUGAAGAUCAGGCCAAUACUCUCAGGGUUGUGGGAACCUAUGGCUAUAUGUCCCCUGAAUAUGCAAUGCAAGGACUGUUUUCAGAGAAAUCAGAUGUCUUUAGCUUUGGUGUUUUGGUACUAGAGAUUGUUAGUGGAAGAAGAAACUCAAGCUUUUAUGACAAUGAGAAUUUUCUUAGUCUUUUAGGAUUUGCCUGGAUACAAUGGAAGGAAGGCAACAUAUUAUCUCUAGUAGAUCCGGGAACAUAUGAUCCUAGUUAUCAUAAAGAAAUUUUAAGGUGCAUACACAUAGGAUUUCUAUGUGUACAAGAACUUGCUGUAGAGAGACCCACAAUGGCUACAGUAAUUUCUAUGCUUAACAGUGAUGAUGUGUUUCUUCCUCCUCCAAGUCAACCUGCAUUUAUCCUGAGGCAAAAUAUGUUGAAUUCGGUGUCAUCUGAGGAAAUUCAUAAUUUUGUCUCCAUCAAUACUGUUAGUAUUACAGAUAUUCAUGGUAGAUAUUACGAAAACGUACAGAUAUUUGAAGACAAUGGCUAUAUGUCCCCUGAAUAUGCAAUGCAAGGACUAAUUUCAGAGAAAUCAGAUGUCUUUAGCUUUGGUGUUUUGGUACUAGAGAUUGUUAGUGGAAGAAGAAACUCAAGAUUUUAUGAUGAUGAGAAUGGUCUUGGCCUUUUAGGAUUUAGAGAAUUGUCAAAUCUUAAAAGAAGGAAUAAAGAGUUUCCAUAUGGUUCAUAUUAUUAUGUAGAUCUUAUCUUAUUCUAUUCAUCUAAAAAAAAAAUGGGUUCCAGCAGCUGUGUAAAAUUUUUCUUUGUAUUCAUACUGUGUUGCCAUGUGUUGGACGUUGGUACUGCCAUAGACACCAUUACAUCAUCUCAAUCCAUAAAGGACACUGAAACUCUAACUUCCACGGAUGGUAACUUUACUUUGGGGUUCUUCACCCCUCAAAACUCUACAAACCGCUACGUUGGAAUUUGGUGGAAGUCUCAAUCCACAGUAAUUUGGGUUGCUAACAGAAACCAACCUCUGAAUGAUUCUUCUGGAAUUGUUACAAUAUCUGAAGAUGGCAAUCUUGUGGUGCUUAAUGGACACAAACAAGUCAUUUGGUCGACAAAUGUGUCCAAGACAUCAUUCAAUACAAGCUCCCAGUUUUCAGAUUCGGGUAAGCUUGUCCUCGCAGAAACAACAACUGGAAACAUCUUAUGGGACAGUUUUCAGCAACCUUCAAAUACAUUAUUGCCCGGCAUGAAACUUUCGAUCAACAAAAGUACAGGUAAGAAAGUAGAACUUACAUCAUGGGAAAGCCCUUAUAAUCCCUCUGUUGGGAGCUUCUCUUCCAGCCUUGUUCAACGCAAAAAUAUAGUUGAAUUGUUCAUUUUCAAUGGAACUCAACUCUACUGGCGCAGUGGUCCAUGGAACGGUGGGAUCUUUACAGGUAUAGCGUACAUGUCGACGUAUCUUAAUGGCUUCAAAGGUGGGGACGAUGGGGAAGGAAACAUAAACAUCUAUUACACAGUGUCAAGUGAAUUAGGUCCAUUGGGAUUUUUAAUCUAUAUGUUGAAUUCGCAAGGCCGGUUGGAAGAAAAAUGGUGGGAUGAUGAGAAGCAAGAAAUGGGACUUAUGUGGGCUAGUAGAAAAUCAGAUUGUGAUAUUUAUGCUAUAUGUGGGUCGUUUGCAAUCUGUAAUGCACAGAGCUCACCAAUAUGCAGCUGUUUGAAAGGGUUUGAGCCAAGGAACAAAGAGGAAUGGAAUAGACAACAUUGGACUAGUGGAUGCGUUAGGAACACAGGUUUGCUGUGUGAAAGGGUCAAAGAUCAAAACACAAGUAUAGAUACAAACGAAGAUGGAUUUUUGGAACUGCAAAUGGUUAAAGUUCCAGAUUUUCCAGAAAGAUCUCCUGUUGAUCCUGACAAGUGCAGAAGUCAAUGCUUGGAGAAUUGCUCUUGUGUUGCUUAUUCUCAUGAGGAAAUGAUUGGUUGUAUGUCUUGGACUGGAAAUCUACUUGACAUACAACAAUUCUCGAGUAAUGGACUUGAUCUAUAUGUUCGUGGAGCCUAUACUGAACUUGAACAUGAUGAAGGGACAAACACAACAAUCAUCAUUAUAAUUACAGUGACAAUAGGAACUGUCUUCAUUGUUAUUUGUGCGUGUGCAUAUGUCAUGUGGAGGACUUCCAAUCACCCAGCUAAAAUAUGGCACUCGAUCAAGUCAGGAAGGAAAAGGGGCAACAAAUAUUUGGCUCGUUUUAACAAUGGGGUACCAUCUGAACAUACAAGCAACAAGGUAAUUGAAGAACUGUCACAAGUUAAACUCCAGGAGCUGUUACUGUUUGAUUUUGAAAGGGUUGUUGCAGCCACAAACAACUUCCACCUGUCCAACAAACUUGGGCAGGGUGGUUUUGGUCCGGUGUACAAGGGGAAAUUGCCAGAUGGACAGGAAAUAGCAGUUAAAAGACUUUCUAGAGCCUCUGGACAAGGUCUAGAAGAAUUCAUGAAUGAAGUAGUGGUGAUUUCCAAGCUUCAACAUCGUAAUCUUGUAAAACUUUUUGGCUGUUGUGCUGAAGGUGAUGAAAAGAUGUUGAUAUAUGAAUACAUGCUAAACAAAAGUUUGGAUGUGUUUAUCUUUGAUCCAUCAAAAAGUAAACUCCUAGAUUGGAGGAAGCGCUGUGGCAUAAUAGAAGGAAUAGGUCGAGGAUUGCUUUAUCUUCAUAGAGACUCUAGGCUAAAAAUCAUACACAGAGAUUUGAAGGCAAGCAAUGUCUUAUUAGAUGAAGCGCUGAAUCCAAAAAUAUCAGACUUUGGUAUGGCUAGAAUCUUUGGAGGAACUGAAGAUCAGGCCAAUACUAACAGGGUUGUUGGAACAUAUGGCUAUAUGUCCCCUGAAUAUGCAAUGCAAGGACUGUUUUCAGAGAAAUCAGAUGUCUUUAGUUUUGGUGUUUUGGUAAUAGAGAUUGUUAGUGGAAGAAGGAACUCAAGAUUUUACGACGACGACAAUGCUCUUAGCCUUUUAGGAUUUGCAUGGAUACAAUGGAGGGAAGGCAACAUAUUAUCUGUAAUAGAUCCAGAAAUAUAUGAUGUUACUCAUCAUAAAGAUAUUUUAAGGUGUAUACACAUAGGACUUCUAUGUGUACAAGAACGUGCUGUAGACAGACCCACAAUGGCUGCAGUAAUUUCUAUGCUUAACAGUGAGGUUGCAUUUCUUCCUCCUCCAGAUCAACCUGCAUUCGUCCAGAGCCAAAAUAUGUUGAAUUUGGUGUCAGUGUCAUCUGAAGAAAGACAAAAAUUAUGCUCCAUCAAUGGUAUUAGUAUUACAGAUAUCCGUGGUAGAUAG